UGACUCUUGUGUUUCAUGCACCAAACUCAAAAGUCACUAACAUGGCUUCCUUAAGCUUCUUAGUGUUGCUUCUUCUUGCUCUUAUCAUUCCACAGGGGUUUGCCAACUAUGAGAAACCUCCCGUCUAUCAACCACCAGUGUACAAUCCACCAAUCGAGAAGCCUCCAGUUUAUAAGCCACCAGUUGAACACCCGCCAAUUUACAAGCCACCAGUUGAGAAACCACCUGUGUACAAGCCACCUGUGUACAAGCCUCCAGUCUACAAGCCACCUGUAGAGAAACCACCAGUUUAUCAGCCACCAGUUGAAAAGCCUCCGGUUUAUAAGCCACCUGUCUACAAACCACCCGUCGAGAAGCCUCCAGUUUAUAAGCCACCUGUCUACAAACCGCCCGUCGAGAAGCCUCCAGUUUACAAGCCUCCAGUUUAUAAGCCACCUGUCUACAAACCACCCGUCGAGAAGCCUCCAGUUUACAAGCCUCCAGUUUACAAGCCACCUGUGUAUAAGCCACCUGUCGAAAAGCCUCCGGUGUAUGAGCCACCAGUAGAGAAACCUCCGGUCUACAAGCCACCAGUUUAUAAACACCCUAUCUAUAAGCCACAUGUAGAAACACCUCCGGUUUAUAAGCCACCAGUUAGGGCGCCACCAUAUUACACACCUCCAUACUAGAAACCACCUCUCAAUCCAAGUACUUGUGUCUAGAAAAUACUAUUAAGAAUAUAUGUUAAAUAAGAGAGAGAUGUAAAGUUUAUAAAGCAAGGAAUAUAGAUAUUCUUGUAAUCUUCAUUUCAAUCCUUUGUUUACAAUGCUAUUGCCAAGACAAGAAUGUGAAGUGUAAAACGGAGAAAGAAAGUUGUGCUUUUGUUCUCCAUAUUAUGAAUAAGAAUAUUGUGUUU